AUGGCAUCUCGCGUGUACACCGUCUCCAUUGGCUUUGGUCACCCGCGCCCCAACGCUCCCCAGCAUUGGGUCCUAAUCACAUACCCGGUGGGUAGCUUCAAUUGCACCUACUACCACACAACCAGUGGCACCAGGGACAAGGAACCCUACACAGCCAGGGUAGAGGCGAAUAAGCGUCUCGACUCGUUCGCUUUUGCGUCUGUGCGGAGGAUCUGCUAUAUUGCCGAGGUUACUCUCGGAGAAGUCAUUGAUGCGGCGCGACAUGCGAAGCCGGUGCAGAGCCAGAGGUAUGUCCUAGACAUACUGAGGACCUUGGAGACCAAGGACGUCGUUCCUUAUGGGACGACGAAGAUGUUUGAAAGGAGGUGCGGGAUGCCCGUUAUCAUAGAGGAGGAGUAG